GGCGCGGUGCACCCUGGGAUAGGGAGCGAUCUCCGAGCGAGGCAGCAAGAUGGACGCGGGAUUCUUCCGCGGAACAAGUGCAGAACAGGACAAUAGGUUCAGCAACAAACAGAAGAAACUACUGAAGCAGCUGAAAUUUGCAGAAUGCCUAGAAAAAAAGGUGGAUAUGAGCAAAGUAAAUUUGGAGGUUAUAAAGCCUUGGAUAACAAAACGAGUAACAGAAAUCCUUGGGUUUGAAGAUGAUGUUGUGAUUGAGUUUAUAUUCAACCAGCUGGAAGUGAAGAAUCCAGACUCCAAAAUGAUGCAAAUCAACCUGACUGGGUUUUUGAAUGGAAAAAAUGCUAGAGAAUUUAUGGGAGAACUGUGGCCUCUUCUGUUAAGUGCCCAAGAAAACAUCGCUGGAAUCCCUUCUGCUUUCCUAGAACUGAAGAAAGAAGAAAUAAAACAAAGACAGAUUGAACAAGAAAAAUUGGCAUCUAUGAAAAAGCAAGAUGAAGACAAAGAUAAGAGGGAUAAGGAUGAAAAAGAAAGCAGCAGAGAAAAAAGAGAGAGGUCCCGAAGCCCAAGAAGACGCAAAUCCAGAUCUCCUUCCCCUAGAAGACGAUCUUCCCCUGUCAGGAGAGAGAGAAAGCGCAGUCAUUCUCGAUCUCCCCGUCACAGAACCAAGAGCCGGAGUCCUUCCCCUGCUCCUGAAAAGAAGGAAAAAACUCCUGAGCUCCCAGAACCUUCAGCAAAAGUAAAAGAACCUUCAGUACAAGAGGCCACUUCUACUAGUGACAUCUUGAAAGUUCCCAAGCCUGAACCUGUACUAGAGCCUAAAGAACCUUCUCCGGAAAAAAAUUCCAAAAAAGAAAAGGAAAAGGAGAAGACCCGACCAAGAUCUCGGUCACGUUCCAAAUCAAGAUCCCGGACACGGUCUCGCUCUCCUUCUCAUGCUCGACCUAGACGACGCCAUAGAUCCCGAUCAAGAUCAUACUCACCUAGAAGGCGGCCAAGCCCAAGAAGGCGACCAUCUCCUCGAAGAAGAUCUCCGCCAAGACGAAUGCCUCCUCCACCAAGGCAUAGAAGGAGUAGAUCUCCAGUAAGACGAAGAAGGCGUUCAUCAGCAUCCUUGUCUGGGAGUAGCUCAUCGUCCUCUUCAUCUCGUUCCCGGUCACCACCAAAGAAGCCUCCCAAGAGGACAUCCAGCCCCCCUCGAAAAACUCGUAGGUUGUCUCCUUCAGCAAGUCCUCCAAGGCGAAGGCACAGGCCAACACCUCCAGCAACUCCACCACCAAAAACUCGUCAUUCCCCAACGCCCCAGCAAUCAAACCGCACAAGAAAAAGUCGUGUUUCUGUGUCUCCAGGGAGAACUUCAGGUAAAGUGACAAAACAUAAAGGUACUGAGAAAAGAGAGUCCCCUUCACCAGCACCGAAGCCUAGAAAAGUAGAGUUAUCUGAAUCGGAAGAAGAUAAAGGUGGCAAAAUGGCUGCAGCGGAUUCUGUACAGCAGAGACGUCAGUACAGACGACAAAACCAGCAGUCUUCAUCUGACUCUGGCUCCUCCUCCUCCUCAGAAGAUGAGCGACCCAAGAGAUCCCAUGUGAAAAAUGGUGAGGUAGGCAGGCGACGGAGACAUUCCCCAUCCCGGAGUGCCUCUCCAUCACCACGAAAGCGCCAAAAAGAGACUUCCCCUCGGAUGCAGAUGGGAAAGCGAUGGCAAUCGCCAGUGACUAAAAGUGGUAGACGGAGGAGAAGUCCCUCCCCACCACCCACCAGAAGGCGACGUUCUCCUUCUCCGGCUCCUCCUCCUCGACGGCGCAGGUCUCCCACGCCACCACCACGACGAAGGACUCCUUCUCCUCCCCCACGUCGGCGCUCACCUUCCCCAAGAAGAUAUUCUCCUCCAAUACAGAGGAGAUACUCUCCUUCUCCACCUCCAAAGAGAAGAACAGCUUCUCCCCCUCCCCCUCCUAAACGAAGGGCAUCACCAUCUCCACCACCAAAGCGUCGGGUCUCCCACUCUCCACCUCCCAAACAAAGAAGCUCCCCAGUCACCAAGAGACGUUCACCUUCGUUAUCGUCAAAGCAUAGGAAAGGGUCUUCCCCAAGCCGCUCUACUCGGGAGGCCCGGUCACCACAACCAAACAAACGGCAUUCGCCCUCACCACGGCCUCGAGCUCCUCAGACCUCCUCAAGUCCUCCACCUGUUCGAAGAGGAGCAUCUUCAUCACCCCAAAGAAGGCAGUCCCCAUCUCCAAGUACUAGGCCCAUUAGGAGAGUCUCCAGGACUCCGGAACCUAAAAAGACGAAAAAGGCUGCAUCACCAAGCCCACAGUCUGUAAGGAGGGUCUCAUCUUCCCGGUCUGUCUCUGGAUCUCCUGAGCCAGCAGCUAAAAAGCCCCCAGCACCUCCAUCCCCUGUCCAGUCCCAGUCUCCCUCUACAAACUGGUCACCAGCGGUACCAGUCAAAAAGGCUAAAAGCCCAACACCAAGCCCAUCACCGGCAAGGAAUUCGGAUCAAGAAGGAGGAGGAAAGAAGAAGAAGAAAAAGAAGGACAAGAAACACAAAAAGGAUAAGAAACACAAGAAGCACAAAAAACACAAGAAGGAAAAGGCUGUGGCUGCAGCUGCUGCAGCUACCGUGACCCCUGUGGCCAUUGCUGCUGCCACAACCACGUCAGCACAGGAAGAGCCAGUUGUGGCACUUGAGCCUAAGAAGGAGACAGAAAGUGAAGCUGAAGAUAACCUUGAUGACCUAGAAAAGCACCUGCGGGAAAAGGCCCUGAGAUCGAUGAGGAAGGCUCAAGUGUCCCCACAGUCUUAGGUGGAAAUGUUUGUUAUGAUGUAAAUUUUAUUUGGUUUGUACGCAAUUCAAUUUCAAAAUUGCUAAAAUGUGUUUGAGCUUUAGACUAUAACAUUUGUUGUAAUAAUUGCUAGGUUGAAGUUCACCAUGUAAAAAAAGGGCAUGGAUUUACAUUGCAAAAGGUGUCCACAGUGUAUUAGUGACAUUCUUUCAUUGACAGCUGACAUAAAUUCAUUUAGAGUGAAAUAUUUUAAGCCAAAAAAAAAAAAUCCCUUUUUUAAAAAAGGG